AUGAUGAAGCCAGACAGGUAUUACAGCUACGAAGAUAUUUGCAAUGAUGUCGAUGAGAUUGAUUCAGAUUCAGAGAACGACUCGAUCGAGGAUGAUUAUUCAGAGUACUCUGAAUCUCUUUCUCAUGGUAGUCGUGAGGAGUGGCUGAGUACGAUAGCAGAGGAAACCUCCUUUGAUCUACGGACGAGAAAGUCUUUGGAUUCUGCUUCGCUUGUAUCUUGCUUUGAUUUUUCAAUAGCUGAGGAAGAUUUCAAUGAUGAUACUGAUGAGGAAAUUGAUUCGCUGAGAGGGGUGCAACGUCAACUAGAAAGGUUGAAGAAACGGCUAGAUCGGUUCACCAGCAUGAGCGACGAAGAUGAUAGUUUGGAUUCCGAUUGUUACAGCUAUUCAUCAGAAGAAGAACAGCUCGAACCGCUCGAACCGCCACCAAUGCAACAACAACGGAGCAGCAGCAACCUCUCGCCCAAUGGAUCCGAUUCUCCAGAGAAGCCACUUGUUAGGAAAAAGAGUCAAUCGACCCAAACGACAUUGGAAAACUCGUCUCAUUCCGACUCUUCCUCCUCCUCUUCUGCUGCUAAUUCUCUCAAUGAGGACGGUGAAGUGGCCCUGGAUGUGCUUUGUGAAUCGGAACGAAUAGAUCCUCUUUCGAUCUCUAGUUCCAUGAAGGAUACACAAGUACAACUUGGAAUCGUGACACCAAAGAUGGUUGGCAUCCACAGCCAAGCAAUCAAGCUUUCUUCCUCACAGCACCAUCGAUGGAUUGGUACCAAUAUCGAAUUCUCGAUUCCAACAAAGGGCGCUGUUGAGGAUCCAGCAGAUACCGUUUCCCUCUUGGACGCUGCGUCCAUCUCUGCGGAAAGCAUCGUCUCCACCUCGUUUGACAUUUCGUCACGUCAUCGUUCCAACAGCAUCAAGCCGAAUAUUCCAACCUCCAUUCGGGAAGAAUCACGGACUCUGGUCACUCCGCUCAUGAUGAGCCCAAAACGCAAGGUUGUCCUUCCCAGCAAGUUGACACUCAAUAGUGCCUUGUUGCAAAAACUGGACGAAGGCUCCGACUACUCACCGACAUCCAGCAGAUGGAGCGAGGAGUCGAGUCCUACUGUUGCGAGCGAUGACAGUCCGCUGAAACUGUUGAGCACCUUGCCACUCUUACCACCAUCCUCACGCUCUCAAAAGAACAUUGAUUUCAUGGUGGCGGACAAGAAGAUCUCGUGCCAUGCGUCAUCCCGUUUGCCUCCCUCUGUGAAAGGCACAACCACUACGUAUCUACAUGUUCAAUCGCCAGCCUACUGCAGGAGGCAGCAAAAACGAAACCAGAUUCAAGCCAAACUACAAGCACUCCAAUCCAAACUUUCCACAAUAGUGAAACAAGAAAAAUACGAACAGACCAAUACCAAAGUCAUGAAAUGCUAA